UUCCUUCUUUAUUUUCUCAGAACCCAGUGGGCAAACUUAAUGUUAAAUAAAUAUGCAGUGAAAAUGUACACGAUAGGAACGUUGAUCCGAAUAAGAUCUUUAUAAACAGCAAAGUGAUUACCCGGUUCAUAGGCUCGAUUUUUAUGAAUCGCUUGAGUCGCACAAUCACCUCGCUCAACUCGCGCGAUUCACACCAUUUCUUGAUUGAAAGCAUCCCUGCCAGAAUCCCUCUUCGACUCACUCCAAACAUCGUUAAUUUCACAUCUUGUGGCGUUCGAAACCCCAGAAUUAUUGCUUCUGCCAUCACCGGCUAUCAACGAGGACUCGACCCUAUAUUUCCGGCGAUGGAUCCACCUCAUGCACCGCCGCCGGAGUCUGAGCCACCCGCCAGCGAGGACUUUGUUCACAUUGAAACGCCUAGCCCUAAGAUGGAGGAAUUGAGCGAGAGCAUCGUGAAAGUAGAGGAUGAGUUGCCAAAUGAGGGGGAACCCGUUUCGGUGGAUGGCGCGGAGACUGAGGGUUCCUCGGAGCCGAGGAGGGAAGUGCCUCCCGAUGAGCUAUCCAGAAGCGUCGUGGUUCUCACGUGUGAGUCAGCGGCCGAGGGUGGCACAUGUGAUGUGUACUUGGUUGGCACUGCUCAUGUUUCACAGGAUUCAUGCAGAGAAGUUCAAGCUGUAAUCAGUACUUUAAAACCUCAGGUCGUUUUCUUGGAAUUAUGCUCAAGCCGAAUAGCAGUGCUUAGUCCUCAGAACUUGAAGGUACCAACGGUGGGAGAAAUGAUAGACAUGUGGAAGAAGAAUCAUAAUAUGUUUGGAAUACUUUACAGCUGGUUUCUUGCCAAGGUUGCUAGCAGGCUUGAAGUGUUUCCUGGUUCUGAGUUUCGUGUGGCAUUUGAAGAAGCCAUGAAGUAUGGUGGCAAGGUGAUACUUGGUGAUCGUCCAGUACAGAUUACAUUACGGAGAACAUGGGCAAAGAUGCCACUCUGGCAUAAGACAAAAUUAUUAUAUUCAUUACUUUUUCAAGCAGUCUUCUUGCCCAGUCCAGAGGAUCUUAACAAAAUGCUGAAGGAAAUGGAUGAUGUUGACAUGCUUACACUUGUGAUUCAAGAAAUGAGCAAGGACUUCCCCACGCUAAUGGAAACUCUUGUGCAUGAGAGAGAUCAGUAUAUGUCAUCUACCCUCCUAAAAGUUGCUAGUGAGCACAGCUCUGUCGUGGCAAUAGUUGGAAAAGGGCACCUACAAGGAAUCAAGAAGUAUUGGAAGCAGCCUGUAACACUGCAAGAGCUGAUGACGAUUCCUUCCCAGAAGCCAGCUCAUUCUACUAUGAAGAUUCUUACAUCUCUAGGUGCUGCAGUUGCUGGGGUGGCCAUUUUAUCGGGUAUUUACCUUGCAUGCAAGAAAUAGUUUGGUUAGAUAAUUGUUUCCGGAGAGAGGUAGCUGCAAUGGGAAAUUGCUCGUGCAAUGAGAUGUCCAGGGGGAUCUCACACCCAGGAAUGUGAUGGUAAUGAAGGCAAUGAAGUGAAUGUGCUUGGCCAAAAACUCUUUCUCUGUUUCUCUCUUUGAACUUACUAUUCUGCUUCAAAGAAGCCAAUGACAAACAAAAAAGAAAGGUUAGGCCAAGGAUUUCAGCCAUUUACUCAUGGAAUUUUGUAUAAAAACCAUUUUUUACUUCCUUUUCUCCUUAUCAUUUGAGUUUUUAAAAGAA